CUUACCUUUUUCAGGGAGAACUAUGUAUGAGGCUACCUACUACUAUGUUGUAGCAGAAGGUGUGAUCAUAUGCUCCACAACUUCUGCAAGCCAGGCAGUGACAGUACUGUACUGUUUGUUUUUCAUUUUUAAUAUGGAGUUUCCUCAAAAAGCUGGACACACAUGGGAGUUUCUCCAGCGUUAUUUUUUCCAAAAUAAUCCUGAAGAGGGCUCUAAAAACCCAAAGAAGAAGGUGCAAUUUGGGAAUGCCACAGCACGAGUGAACUCUUUUAUUAGAGAUGUGGUCCGAUACCAGCUUAAUGAAGUUAACCUUGAGGAGGAGGAAGCUGACGAUUUAUAAUGUUGUCUUAACUCUGCAGGUUUCGUUUCAGAAACCAGCAUGUUUGUUUGCUCAACUAAUUUUAGGAAGGAUUAUUAUAAAGAGUUUAGUAUUUACUCUUUGACUCAGCGUAUUUGCUGACUAUAUUCUUUGAUUGUUUCUCAUUUCAGAAACCACAAUGUUUGAUUGCUCAACUUAGUUUAGGAAAGGAUUUUAAUAAAGAGUUUGGUAUGAAC